ACCAAUCAAGAUAUUUUCUACCGGAAUAAUAUAGAAGCUAUCUUAUAAAUAAACGAAACAUUGCGGUCACAAGGCCAAUCAAGUAUUACCACCAUUAAUAAUUUUCACUUUAUACAAAGCCUGUUCUCUCUCUCUCUCUCUCAAACACACACUCACUUUCAUUCUUGUUAGUUUGUGAACGAAAGUGAUGAAGGGGAAGCAUGUGUAUGUGUUAAUGGUUGCUGCAUUAACCAUGGUGGUGGUAGUACUAGUAGGAACAACAGUUGCAGCUGAUUCAGCACCAAAUAACUGCAGUCACAUGACUUGUGGAGGUAUAGAAAUUCCAUAUCCAUUUGGUAUAGACCUCAACAACUCUUCAUCAAAUUGUUUCAUGGCUGGUAGAUUAAAUUCAGCUCAUUUGCAAUGAAUCCAAAAUAUAUGCGGGUAACAACCUGCAAAUGGAAGUGUUAAACAUAAACAUCUCCACAGCUGAAAUGGACGUGUUAUUUGACGUCUCUAAGUACUGCAGUGUUGAUAAUUAUACUAAACCUACGCUUACUAGUGAUUCAUAUGUCUUUUCAAGCAAAGAAAACAAAUUUGUAACCGUUGGUUAUGACAGUUACGGUUAUUUUAAUAGUUACGAUGGUGAAAACGAGCAUUCAACAACAGGGUGCUUAACAAGCGUUAUUGGUCAUGAAAGAUUGAUUAAUAAUGGAACAUGUUCGGGUAUAGGGUGUUGCCAAGUUGAUAUUCCUCCUAGAAUGAGAUAUAUAAGUAUACAAGCUACUAAUUUCAACAAAAACUCAUCCGAUUUUUGUAGCUAUGCAUUUGUUGCUAAGAAUGGUAGCUAUAGUUUUUCAUCCACUCAUUUAUCACAAGGUUUACCUUUCAACCGAUCACCUGUGGUUCUUGACUGGACCAUUGAGGACAACAACUGCAGUACAGCUCCCUCCAAUAAUAUGGGAAUCUUCAAUUACUAUGGGUGCAAGAACAAUAGCUAUUGUGAUGACAAGGAUAAAGAUUUUGGUUACCGAUGCAUUUGUAAUCAAGGUUUUGAAGGAAAUCCUUAUGAACCCAAUAUUGGCUGCACAGACACUGACGAAUGUGAAAAAAACAAACAUGGUUGCAAAACUAAAGCAAAUUGUAAAAACACCAUUGGAAAUUACACAUGUUUCUGUCCCCGGGGGCAAUCUGGAGAUGGAACAAAGGAAAGAGGGUGCCAGACAAAAGCAACUCCAAUAUUACCACUCACUGUUAUUGGAGUAGGAGCAACGCUUAUUCUUCUUUUGGUUGGGACAUUCUCGUACUUAAUAUACCAUAAAAGGAAAUUCAUCAAAAUGAAAGAGAAAUUCUUUGAGCAGAAUGGUGGUCUGAUUUUAAAACAAAAACUCUCAACAAGAGAAGACUCCUCAACUGAAAGCACUAAAAUAUUCACACAAGAUCAGCUAAACAAGGCCACCAAAGACUUUGACGAGAAUUUAAUCAUUGGCAAAGGUGGUUUUGGUACUGUUUACAAAGGAUUUCUAGAUGAUAAAAGAAUCGUUGCUAUCAAAAAAUCAAAAAUAAUAGAUAGAAGCCAAAUCAAUCAAUUCAUUAAUGAGGUAAUUAUUCUCUCUCAAAUAAAUCAUAGGAAUGUUGUCAAACUCUUGGGGUGUUGUUUAGAGACAGAAGUUCCUUUGUUGGUUUAUGAAUUUGUUACCAAUGGCACCCUUUCUGGUUUUAUACACACACAAAGUAAUAAGGUGAAUAAUGAAACAUGGAAAACUCGUCUUAAGAUAGCCGCAGAGGUAGCUGAAUCUUUGUCAUAUCUACAUUCAUAUGCCUCAAUACCUAUUAUCCAUAGAGAUGUCAAGUGUGAUAACAUUCUCUUAGAUGGAACCAACACUGCCAAAGUGUCAGAUUUUGGAGCUUCAAGAUUGGUUCCAAUUGAUCAAACUGAAGUAGCCACAAUGGUGCAAGGAACUAUUGGCUACUUAGAUCCAGAGUAUAUGCAAACAAGUCAAUUAACUGAAAAAAGUGAUGUCUAUAGCUUUGGAGUAGUUCUUGUAGAGUUGCUAACGGGGGAGAAACCUUUUUGUUUUGGUAGGCCGGAAGAGAGAAGAAGUCUUGCUAUGUAUUUUCUAUCUUGCUUGAAAAAGGAUAAUGUGUUUGAAGUUAUUCAAGAUGGUUUGUGGAAUGAAGAAAACAAACAAGAGAUCAAGGAGGUGGCUGUUCUUGCGGCGAAGUGUUUGAGACUUAGAGGGGAAGAAAGACCAAGCAUGAAGGAAGUGGCUAUGGAAUUGGAGGGAAUGAGGUUAAUGAAUAAGCACUCUUGGAUCAACGAUGACUCAAAUGUAGAGGAGAGUAGGUACUUGCUUCAUGAAUCAUCAUCUAGCCUUUAUGAACCUGGUGAUAGCAUCACACAUGGAGAUAUCGGAUAUGACAGCUUGAAAGACCAUGUACUGAUAGCAUUGGAUGAUGGCAGAUGAUUGUUUUAAGACAAAAUGCAGUAACCAUUUCAUUAUUUUAGGAGUUUUUGCAUACAAAUUUCAGUUUAUAAUUUUAAUUUAAUUUAUUUGUGUGCAUGUAAUCCAGUUUUUAAUGAUUGUAUAAGUGUAGAGACUGAGAUGGAAGUGUUCUAUAAUAAGAAUGUCAAACUUAUGGAAUAUUCCUAAAAAUCCAAUUAUUGGUAUUGUAUAU